UUUCUUAAAAAAAAAUGUUAUUUGUUACUUAGUAACCAAUUUUGUAAUCGUUUAAGAUUAUUCAUUCUCUGAUUAUUUUAAUAACAAUAAUAAUAAUAAUAAUAUUAUGUAAGUUAAAUUUACCUGAGGUCUUUAUUUUUAUAUACUUAAGCCCAGGAUAAUUAUUUGAGGUAAUGUAGAAGUGGGUGAUAUAAAUUGAAAUGUAUCAAACGGCCGCUAAUCCAAAUCGUUCAUUGCUUGUUAAAUAUGGUGUACCAUUGGAGCAUUUAGAUUUUGAGUAUGUGAGUAAUUGUAACGACCCUAAAGAGUUGAAACACAUUAUUCAAAUACUUGAAUCUGGAGAAGAAGGUCACUAUCCAAAAUUAAUUGCAGCUGCUGAAAAUCAGUUACGUAAUAUAAAACCAGAUGCUACCAUUUUAAAUCGAAAACCUAGUUAUGCCUUAAAAUCAUCAGAUCUUUUGAAUAGUGGAGUUCAAGAUGAUGUCAUUGAUGAUAUAGCUAAAUGGAUACAAAAAUCAAAAGAUGAAGAACAAAAAUUAUCUCAAAAUAUAAAACCAGUUUCUUUGACUAAUGGUCAUGAUGAAAUUCCAGUUAGACGAUCAAUUAACUUCUGUACAAUGUUCAAUAGUGAAAAGGUUGAGCAUGAGAGUAUUGCGCCUAAAAAAUUAAGUGUUAAAAAUUGGGAUAAUUAUGAUCCAGAAGUUGAGAUAAUGAAGAUGGAAAAUAAAGAAAAAAUAGAUAAGCUACAAAGCUUGAGAAAUAAGAAAAUUGUGUCUAAUGUAUUAUCAUUAGGAGGAAAUGAUAGAUCAGACCUUCAGGAUAGAGUCAAAUCAAUGAAACCCUUGAUACAAUCCUUAUCAAAAGACAGUACUGUUAGCAUUCAGCAACAAGCUUUAAGAGAAAAAGAACUUGGCAAUGAGUUUUUCUAUGCUAAUGAUUUUGAAGAAGCUAUUCGUUAUUAUAACACUAGUAUUGGUAUUUAUCCAACACCUGAAGCAAGAAAUAAUAGAGCAAUGUCCUACAUAAAAUUAGAACGAUAUGAUCAAGCUCUAAAUGAUCUUAGAGAAGUUAUUCAGAGAGAUCCAAAAAAUAUAAAAGCUCAUUUUCGUAGAGGAUCAUGUUUAAAAUCUAUUUCAAUGUUUUGUUUGGCAUUAAGAUCUUUUGAAAUGACAUUAAAAUAUGACUGUAAUAAUUUAAAAGCAAUACAAUUUGUUAAAGAAUUAAAAAAUUUAAUAUCCAAUAUUCCAAAACAAAACUUAAUUAGGGUUCGAGAAAUAACUAGACAUUAUGAUCAAACUGUGUGGGAUAUAGAAGAUCCAUUUUUUAUAUCAUAUUCAGAACUCAAAGAGUUAAAUAAAGAACAAACUGAAUAUAUUUAUGAAGCAAAUACGAUGGGCUGUUUGACAGAAUGUAUUUGUAAUCUUUGUCCUUAUCAUGAAUGGAUGCAACGAAGAAAAAAAUGGUAUCGAAACAAAAUUAUAAAAAAUGAGCAACAGCGUAAACGUUGGCAACUAUUAACUCCUGAAGCUGUUGUAACUUUGAUGUCUGAAUCCAAAUCUAAAUUACAUGAUACCAAAGUACCCAAAAGAAUGACUGUAACUGAAGUUAAUUCAACUGAAAUGAAUGGUCAUAUUAGUUCAACUGUAGUAAAUCAUAAUGGACUAAUGAAUGGUAGUGGUGAUAAAUCUUCAUGCAACCAUUGUAAAUUAGAUGUAAUGAAAACAAAACCUGUAUCUAGUGUUCAUGAUUUUCUUUUGAGGUGGAAAACAGCUAAUCAAAAGAAUAAUUUUGAUCUUUAUAAUAAACUAUUACGAAGUAUAAAACCUAAAAAUUUACCAAAAGUUAUAAGUACAAAUUUAGAUGAAGAAAUUAUGUCAAAAUUUUUUGAAACAUUAUGCCAGAAAUUUGAUCCAGAUAGUGAAUUAGAUUUAAUUGCUGAAUAUGUUAUAGCUAUGACAAAAGUAGACCGUUUCAAUCUAAUUGUUAAAAUGUUGGAUAACAAAGUGAAAGAAAGUUUUCGACCUCUCCUAAAACGUGUUCAUAAUCAUACAAAAAACCAAACAUUUUUAACAUUAUUAUGAUAGUUUUUUUAUAUUUUUAAUAAUAGUAGGUAAAAACUAUGUUAAAAAUAUUGAUGUAACUUAUUUUAUCAACUUUUUUUACAGUUAUUUUAUUAUAAUGUGUUGUACUCAAUAUUUAUUAUAGUAAAUGAAUGUUUCAAAAAACUCUGAUAAA